CCCUCCAGGCGUUGCUCCAGGUACUAUCUCUGAGUUUGGAGCAGUUUGGAGUCAAUAUGGUAAUGGUAUUUAUUUAUUGGCAGACACAAAGCGAUAGCCAUUAGCCAGUUAUGAGUAGUGCGAGAGAACCACAAAAGUGAUAAUCAUGUAUUUGUGAUAUGAGGAACGAUUGAAAACUGUUGGAGAUCUCGGCUGAAAAUUGAAGGGUUACCAGUGUUCCAGAAAUAUUAAUUUGUUAUUGCACACAAGUUUUAUAGAAAGGUAAAAAUUGUAAUGGCUGGGUUCGUACUGAAGGUUAAAACAAAAUCAGGUCAAAAGAUUGUCAACGGGCUUGCUCCAAAGAACAAUUUAUCCGAAUUAAAAAAUAAGCUGUCAGAACUUACUGGAAUACCACAAGCUGCGCUGCACAUAUUGGGUGGCUUUCCCCCAAAGGCAUUAGAUCUUAGCAAAGAAGAUGCAGCUUUAGAUGAGUCUGGAAUCGUAUCAGGGGAUACUCUAAUAGUCGAAGAAAAACAAGUGCCUCAGAAUGGACAGAAAAAAGUUAACCAGGAUAAUCAAUCUUUGCCACGUUCCCACAUCGUCAAUACGGAAAGCCUUACAAAUUGUCCUGGUGUCCUUAUGAAAAAAAUUGUACCUGCCGAUAAUUCAUGCCUAUUCACCAGUGUUGGAUAUGUUCUUAAUGGGAAGGUUGAUACCAGCUGUGCUAAUUUUAUGAGAAGCAUAAUAGCUGAAAGUGUAUCAGCUAAUCCAGAAGAAUAUUCAGAAGCAAUUUUGGGGCGUCCCAAUGCGGACUACUGCAAGUGGAUACAGAAAGCUGAUUCGUGGGGUGGAGCGAUAGAGUUAGCUAUUCUUUCGUGGUUUUAUGGACUGGAAAUAGCGGUAGUCGAUAGCAUCAAUGCCAUUAUCAAUAGAUUUGGAGAAGAUCAACACUAUGCUCAGAGAGUCUUCCUAAUGUUUGAUGGAAUUCACUACGACCCUCUCUACUUGGAGCCACUAGAUGGUGGAAGUAUUCAAACGCUAUUUCCUACAAGCGAUGAAAGCAUAAUGAUACAGGCUACAAACUUAGCUCAGGAGGCUAAAUCUAGCCGUCAAUAUACAGACGUGCAAAAGUUCACAUUGAAGUGCAUGGAUUGCAAUGUAAUGCUUAAUGGACAACUGGCUGCCCAACAACAUGCCAAGGAGACAGGACACAUGAAUUUUGGGGAGGUGGUUGCCUAGCGUUAAGUAUAUGCUAGCUAUAUGAACUACUCCGUAAUGAUCGUUUCAAAACUGUCAAUACUUGCCCCCUUUGAAAGUCGGAUUAAGUCUCCGAAAAAUCCUGAUUGAAUUUAAACAUCACAAACACCUAUCAUUUGAGGCAAUCACAACUAGUAAUCACAAUCUGAGGUAGUCCACUGUCAAUGCUGCAGCUAAUUAAAUUUACAGGAAUUUGGUCUGCCAUGUUUUUCAUCCACAAAACUUAUAUGAUAAAAAAGUCAUUCAUGUUAUGGUCUGAGUUGAAGUGCAAUCUGAAUCACGAUUGCCAAGCUAUUUGUUAUAUUUAAUCCAAAUAAAUCUACAAAUGAAUUUGAAUUUUUGACUGCUGAAAGACAUACACCUCGAUUGUAUUCCUAGGUAAUUAAUAGACUAAUCAAUUGACGUGUAAUUUUACUUCGGCAUUAUCAAGGUAUUAGCGAACACUAGAUUUUGCAAAAUAUGCAGCUCUUAAUUGAGAUUAAAUUUGAUUAUGAAAUUAUGCGAUAUAGUUUCAGUGUAGUAACAGUUUUUCUUCGUGAGUGCAGAACAAAAAAAAACAACUAAUCAGUUUGGAAUGUGUGUACAGUGUAAAUAUUAUUCUUAAAAAAUUAGGUUCACGUGUCUACAGUUCAUGUGUUCGAAAUUGUAAAUUAUUUCAUGCUUGGCUAAUCGUUCUAUGACUGAAACAGAGUUAUACUCAAUUGUACGAAUUUUCUUUGGUCAUUGCCUCAUGUUACUCAUAGCUUGUUUUCUCUUCAGUUUUUCAUUGCUUGAUCUGAAGAGUGUGUGAAAAUUUCUUUACACCCUUACAGUUUCAAAUUUUAUUUAUUUAUUCCAACCGAAACGAGAAGCAAAGUUUGUAGAAAGACAAUGCUUUAUUCGGUUCUUUGUUUCCAAGAAUACAAUUAUUUCGUUAUCUCCUCUAUGAAGCUACAGGUGAUUAACAAUAAGUGGAACAGAAUAUUUUACGGUAACUUACCAAUAGAAUAUAAUAUUUGUAUCUGGGAAAAAUUUCCUGUGCAUAAUUGGUGGCAACACAAUGGGAAAUAAACAACUACCAAUCUA